AUGCCACCAAAACGCCAAAAGACCUCUAAUUCGGCGUCGACACCCGAUCCCAAGAGGCGUAUCACGCGCUCAUCUGCCAAGACAAACACAAGAGAUGCGAAAGACUUACCAGACUCCACAACAAAACCACCUGAGGCGAAACCAAAGACGACGAAAGGACGACAGGCGGCUGAUCCUGAGAAGCGUUCACCAAAGGAUGCGAAACCAGAGGCAGACGCGCAGCUCGAUGGAGAGAGUGACCCAGCACCUCAGAAUCGUACAACCCUCACCAUCACACACGACCUCGUCAAGAAACCAAUCGAAUGCCACCAAUACACCCCCACAUCAUCGCCAUCCACAUCAUCACCAACCCUAAUAUUCACCCACGGCGCAGGCGGCACACUCUCCGCCGACGCCGUAGUAAACUUCUGCACCGGAUACUCAUUAUCUCUCCCCGUUCUCGCAUUCCAAGGCUCGAUGAACCUCAAAGCGCGGACCAAGGGCUUCCACGCAUGUAUCGAUGAGCUGAAGUCCAAUCAACCGACUGCGCAAAAGGGAACAAAAGAGAACACGGCUGGCAAGAAGACAUUGUUACUAGGCGGACGAAGCAUGGGGGCGCGCGCCGCUGUCAUUGCUGCCAGUGAACAUCUCGCCUCGUUAGACGACAAGGAAGCAGAAGAGUUGAGCAUACAGCUCAUACUCGUUUCCUACCCACUUCUCGGGCCCAAAGACGAACUACGGGACCAAAUCCUACUCGACCUACCAAAGAACGUCCGCAUACUCUUCAUCAGCGGCGAUGAAGACGCCAUGUGCCCCAUCGAUACGCUGAACGAAACGAGGGAUAAGCUGACGGCGAAAUCGCAGCUUAUUGUUGUUACUGAUGCGAAUCAUGGGAUGAACGUUGUACCGGCUAGCAGGACGCAAAGAGUAGGAGAAGAGACAGGGCGUUUAGCAGCGCGAUGGGUGGCAGGAGAACCUAUGGAUGAUGAUACAUACAUCGAUGAGCUAGAAGGAGAAGAAGAAUGGAAAUAA